CCGCGGCGCGAUGGAGGCGCCGGCCGAGUUGCUGGCCGCGCUACCCGCGCUGGCCACCGCGCUGGCGCUGCUGCUUGCCUGGCUGCUGGUGAGGCGCGGGGCGGCCGCGAGCCCCGACACCCCGGAGCCCGCGCCCCCGGAGUCCACGACCCCGGCCGAGGCAAGCGGGACGCCCGCGCCGCUCGGCCCCUGCGCGGCGGAGCCGGCGGCCGCGCCCGAGGGGCCGGGGGAGCCCACGCCGCCGGACGAAUCCGCGCCGCCGGAAGAGUCCGCGGCGGCGCCGGCGGAGGCGGAGGAGCAGGCCGCCGAGGAGAGGCAGGAAGAGGAGCAGGAGCUGGAUGGCGUGGAGGGUCCACCCCUGGCAGGGCCUGAGGAAGAAGACGGCGGAGAGGCCUUCUCCUUCAAAUACAGCCCCGGGAAGCUGAGGGGAAACCAGUACAAGAAGAUGAUGACCAAGGAGGAACUGGAGGAGGAACAGAGAACCGAGGAAUAAUGAAGUUAUCCUUAGCCUCCUCCUAAAGGCUUUUCCUUUUGGCAUCUUAAAACUUGAGAGAUAAAGCGGAAUCCCCAGAGAGGAGCCAGCAGGCUCCUGGGGCGCAUUUUCCUGCAUAAAUCUGCCGGGACUAGGCCCCCAUCCAGGACUUUCCUUGGCUGGGAGGAUCCCGAAUGCCCGUGGCGCUCCCCUGUAGAGGCGUUCCUCCCUGUCUGCCUGGAUUGCUUUGUUAAGCUGAAGGGUUUUCCUGGAUUUUUAUUUUCCUUGUCACUCAGCCUUCCUGUCCACACACGCUUUGCACCUGAGAUAUCACCAGGGUCAGCAAUGCCAUCAUCUUAAAAUCGGUAUAGUUUCAUUCCAGCCCUCCUGCUUUUCAUCACCAAAGCCAAACCAGGAAAGACUCUGAGGUGUGAUGGACAAAUGAGGGAGAGAGCUGCCUGUGCUCGCUGGCUGGUCGGGGUGGUCGACUGCCCUCCUUCCCCUUGGGGCCCACUCCCCUCUCUGUCUUCGGCUGGCUCGGCUGUGGGGGCGAGAGCCCGAUGAUUGAUGAGUGGGCAGCAAAGAACCAGAACCAGCUGUUGACUUCCUCUUGCCCUUACCCUCCGUUGAGAGCAGGCUCGGAUCCAGCCCGCUUGUUGCUAAGAGGCCUUUUCAUUGAUGUUCCUACCAGCUCAGCGGAAUCUCCACCUUCGCUUUGGCAGAAGCAAUAAUGAUAGUGUUCGCUUAAAACAGCUGUCUCAAUUCUGCCUUUUCCUAGGUUUCAUAGAUGAGUUAGAACUUCUCCAGAUAAUCAGAUCAGUCCCAGAUUCAUUUCUUGGAAUUUUAUAUUUGACAAUAUUUAUACUAUACCAAACUAAUCUGCAGUUUUUAGAUGUGUUGGUUAAAACAUUUUUUGAAAGCAGUUAAGUUUAUAGAAAAUUUUUUUUUUUUCCUAUUUAGUGGAAGGCCGGGAAAUGUCCACUGUCAGCCUAGGGCAUGGUACAUUCCCAGGGACCUUCUCCUCUGGGUCUAAUACCUUAGGUUCACGGGUUUAGGACAGAACAGGCAACAAAGCAACAGCCACACAGAGCCAUGUAGCCCGCCCCACACAGCAGCAGCAACAGUGAUUUCCUUGUCCAGGCCGGGGUCUGACUGAAAAAUAGGUGACUCCUUCCAGGUUAAGUUUGUCUGGACACCUUCUGAACGUGGCUUGUAGGCACCAAGCCUCACAUUCUCCCGAUGGCUUGGAUCUGUGUAUUCAGCCUUUCUUCAGUCCAAUAAACUUUGAGUAGAUGG